AUGGCGUCACAGCGACGCAAAGCACGGGAGGAGUUCUUCGAUAGGCUGGAUCAGCUGGACGAUCUCAGCGACUCCGAGACCCAGCUCGAUACAUCCUCUGGCGCAAAGGACGCCCUGAGACCUGAUUCAACGCGAAGGUCAACCCGCUCUAAAUCUGUCAAACCGUCUCUGCAGAAAGCUGCCUCGAGCCCGCAGGUUCUCACCGCGCCGGUCCCGCCCGUGACCUUACUGCCUGCAGCAAGUGCACCUGGACGACCAACAGCAAGCCUGAAGCGCGCUCGCUCAGAUGCUGUACCACCAUCAUCUAAGCUGAAGCGCAAUGCUAAACGCAAGCAGGAGACUGUUGUGCCAGCUCAAGCCCUCAUUUUCCCGCCAGAGAUGUGCUUCCUCUUCGUUCCAAACCGUGGCCUCACAAGUCUGCAGCAAAGUCAAAUCGACGAAGCCGAGAAGCAUGGUGCCCGCCUCGCAGCGGAGUUCUCCAAGAAUGUAACACACAUUGUUGUGGACUCCAAUUGGACUCUGAGCCAGGCGCUGGAAGAGCUGCCGGACAAGUGCCACCCUACUGGUAUAACCAUGGUCAACUGGACUUGGGUUGUUGAAUCAUUGCUUUAUGGUCUGCGAGAUUCAGAUCAGCAUAGGUUCCGCGUGAAAGGAGCGACAGGUACUACUAGUCUUCACCAAACCAGUUCAACAGACAAAAGACCAGCACCUAGCACCGAUCACGACCUCAUGGUCGCCGAACCCAAACAGCGAAACGUGGGACAAACGACCCCGCAAAAGAAUGGCCGGGCAGCUAGUGAAGCCGACCCCGAGCUGUCGCGGAACGAGACCGACAAAAAUGCUCAGACAGACGACCAAGACGAACUCGAUCUGUUGCAGAAGGAGAUGGACAAGAACGAUCCCGCCAUUGAGGAUCUCAUGGAGCAUGAUCCAUCCUCCAAGUUUGAGGGCAACUAUGUGAUCGAGCAGUCCUCAAACGGCAACCUUGAGCACGGCAGCUUUUCGUGUAUGAACAAGAACGAGCGCAAUCGAUCUUCUUCCAAUCCCAAUCAAGUCACUAUUCGUCUACUGAAUCAAAUGGCGGAGAUUUACGAUGCGAAUACUGCCGACCAGUGGCGAGCAAGAGCAUUCAAGCAAGCCGCUUCUGCUCUUGCAAGACAGAAGGAAUUGGUGGCUACCGAGGAGCAGGCAGCAAAGAUACGAGGCAUUGGCGCGAGCAUCGCACCGAAGAUCGAGGAAAUCGUCACAAAAGGCAGACUGGCCCGACUUGAUGAGGCUAACAACGAUCCGCUCCACAAGACACGUGUUCUGUUUUCCCGGGUGUAUGGGGUUGGUGGUGCACAAGCAGCCGCUUGGGUCGCCGCCGGUUAUACAACACUCGAUGACCUGAAGCGGUACGUUGGUCUUACCCCAAAUCAACGCAUAGGGAUUGAGCAUUUCGACGACUUCGAGACUCGCAUUCCACGGGCGGAAGUCGUGCAGCACGGCCUUAUCGUUGACCAUGCGCUCAAACAGACCGACCAAGAGCUCAAAAUGUACAUUGGAGGUUCAUUCCGACGGGGCAGCCCAGACUCCGGUGACAUAGACAUCCUCAUCACAAAGGAGGGCGCUGGAAUGGAGCAGAUUCAGACGGUUGUGAUGGAUACACUCAUUCCUCAGCUCAAGCAACAGGGCUUCAUAGUAGCCGAGCUUGCCUCAGGCCACUGGACCGACAAAGAAACUCCUUCCAAAUGGAUGGGUGCUUCAGUCUUGCCGGGACAGUCCAUAUGGCGGCGUCUGGAUAUCCUGUUCGUGCCAUGGGAAGAACUCGGUGCGGCACUGAUCUACUGGACUGGCAAUGAUUUCUUCAACAGAAGCCUCCGUCUACUGGCAAGUCGUAAGAAGAUGCGGCUGAAUCAGCAUGGCUUGUAA